UCUAACAGGAGAGCAAAGUACGAUGCAUUUUCUUUAAGACAUAGAAAAACUGGUUCUGUACAAUUGCUGUCAUAACUUUUAUUGGUCAAGGAUUGGAAACCUCCAUGGCAGACGCUCUGUCCUUCCUGGAAGAGGACUUGACAUGUCUCAUCUGUUGUGAUGUCUUCACCGAUCCGGUCACUCUGAAAUGUAGCCACAGUUUGUGUGAGAAAUGUCUCCAGCGUUUCUGGACAACUCAGGACGUGCCGCGGUGUCCAGUCUGUCGGAAGGAAUGCUCUCACGACGAACCCACCAAGAGCCUGGCGUUCAGAGCACUCUGUGAGACCUUCAAGAAGAGAAAACCCUCCGCUGUUUCAGGAGACGUUUGUCCAGAACAUAAAGAGGCACUCAAACUCUUCUGCUUUAAGGACCAGCAGCCCAUCUGUUUGGUCUGUUACACGUCAAAGAAGCAUGAAAAUCACAAGUGUUCUCCUGUCGACGAAGCCGCUGGGAAUUUAAAGAGAGAUCUCAAGACAAAGAUGAACAAACUUCAGGAGACCCUUGAUAAACUCAAGAAAGCCUGUGAGAGCUGUGUGAAACAGGCUGAGCUCUUUAAGGAACACAUCAGUAUGACAGAAAACCAGAUCAAGAAGGAAUUUGAGAAGCUCCAUCAGUUUCUUCGAGACGAGGAGGAGAAACACAUCAGAUCAUUCCAGAAAGAAAUGCAACCUCAAGAUGAGAAACUCAAGGCUAGAAUGAAGGAGCUGUCCAAACAGAUAUCAGAUCUGUCUGAGAGGAUGGCAGCCGUCUGGCAGGACACGGAAGCCGAAAACAUCACAUUUCUCCAGAAUUACAGUGAUACAAUAAAAAGAGUCCAACACCCGUUAGCACCAAAUACGACCCUUAGACUACAGGAGUACCAACACUAUCCCAUUCAGACAAUCAUUUUCACCACCUGGGCCAGAAUGCAGAAUCUUGUUGAACACCCUCCUGUGACUCUGGAUCCAGACACAGCCUCCAGUAAACUACAGGUGUCAGAAGAUUACACCAGUUUUCGCUAUGUAGAAAUGCAAAUGCACACCUUUGAUAACCCAGAGAGGCUGUAUGUGGGAGUACUGGCCUCGCAGGGCUUCAGCUCAGGUGUGCACUGCUGGGACGUAGAUGUGGGAGAAAGCGACCACUGGAUGUUGGGAGUGGUUGGGGAAACAGUGAACCGCAAAAGACUUUACAAAAUGGAUCCAAGGAGUCGUUUUUGGUGUUUACGUUUUAUUGAUGGUGAAUACAAAAAAGGUUAUAAACCUGUCAGAUGUAUUGAUGACAGUGAGUGGCCAAGUAUCAUCCGACUGCAGCUGGACUUUGACAAAGGAGAGCUGAGAUUCACUGAACCCUUCAGAAACAGAGUUUUAUGCACCUACACGGGUGGAUUUCCAGAGAAGGUGUUCCCAUAUUUCUGUAGCGGAAAUUUUUUUAAUUCACUGCAUCUUUUUCCGGCAUAUAAAGCAAACUUCUAACA